UACGCCAUGACGCCUGUGGGAUACUGACGUAUCGACGCACGUCACAUGCGCAGCCGCAGAUUUGAAUUUCUGGCGGGUUGUCUCGACAGUAAAGGAGGUUCUUCUCUCUCAGUCAGUUCGCUUUGGACAAACAUUAGUGACGUUUUUGAUAGUCGAUCAGAUUUAUUCGUUCUUUGCUUAUAGAGACUGAUACAUUACAUUUCACCAUGGUCGAGGGUCCGGGAUGCACUUUAAACGGAGAGAAGAUUCGUGCAAGAGUUCAAAAAGGACAGAACGUUUUAGACAUACGAGGAAAUGAAAGCAAUAAAUCAUCUGAGGCCAGUACCAGGAGCUCUUUCCAAAGCUUUGUGGGCUGUGAGUUCACAGGGGUGGAGACACUGGGGAAAGAGCUGUUCAUGCAUUUUGGCUUCAGAGCUCUGAGACUGCACUUCGGCAUGAAUGGUUCCUUGAGAAUAAACCCCCUGGAGAAAGACUUGAAAGGAAAAACCUCAGUGCUGAUUAUUCAACUUACCAAUGAUGCUGUCUGUUUUUUUGACACAACUGCAGAAAUCAGACUCUCAGAUGACUGUAAGCAGAAAGUUAAAGCCAUGGAGGCUCUCGAUAUCUGUUCACCAAAGUUUAGUUUCUCUCGGGUGGUGGAAGCUGUAAAGAGGGAGAGUGCGAGAAUGCUCUGUGAUGUUCUGUUGGAUCAGGCUGUCCUACCUGGUGUAGGAAACAUCAUUAAAAACGAAGCACUCUUCGACAGUGGCCUGAACCCUGCUGUCAAGGUCAAGCAGUUGACAAGUGAACAAGUUCAUCAUCUUGUGAAGAUGACACGAGAUUUCACACUCCUAUUUUAUAAGUGUAGAAAGAAUGGAUCCCCACUUUACAAGCAUUACAAGGUGUAUAAACGUCCUAACUGUGGCCAGUGUAGCGGAACGGUCACCGUAUGUCGACUGGGAGACAACGGUAGAAUGACAUACUACUGUCAGCACUGUCAAACAGGUGAUCCAAGUGAAGUGAACAUCAGUAAACUUCCAACUCGCAACAGUCUGAUUGGAUGGGCUUAUCAGGGAGGAAUGAGCAACAAUGAUGAUGUGGCGAAACGAGAAGAGGAAGAGUGGGCGUGUUCCCUUUGCACUCUAAUCAACAGACCAGUCAACAAGAAUUGUGAUGCUUGUAUGAGCCCUAGACCAGAGGGUAAGUUUCAAACAUGCGUAUAUAAAGUGAAAGAUUUCAGACACAGAGUCGGGGAUUAAAGUUAUCCUACGGCAGGUUUCCUUCAAUUGCAAGGUUCCCGCCUGUCCUUAUGUCUUAAAUUCACUUUUCA